AAUAAGAAAAAAAAAAGCCAACAGCAAACAAAAUAAACGCAAAAAUGUCGUUUAUAAAUAACCUGAAGAAGGUAUUCCACCUGGGCGGUGGCGAGGCGAAAAAGAAACGCCUCUAUAAUAAUAUUAAAAUGGAUACCGAUCCAACAGAAUUUUGGGAAAUGGUCGGUGAAUUGGGAGAUGGUGCCUUUGGCAAGGUCUACAAGGCCCAACACAAGGAACAGAAACGUUUUGCAGCCGCCAAAAUGUGUACUCUGGAGGAUGAGGAGAAUCUAAGCGAUCAUAUGGUAGAAAUUGAUAUACUCUCGGAAAUAAAACAUCCCAAUAUUGUUGAACUCUAUGAGGCCUUCUCCUUGGAAGAUAAAUUAUGGAUGCUUAUUGAGUAUUGCGAUGGUGGAGCCUUGGAUAGCAUUAUGGUGGAAUUGGAGAAGCCGUUGACUGAGCUACAAAUUGCCUAUGUUUGCAAACACAUGACCGAGGGUCUGACAUUUUUGCAUAAGAAUAAGGUCAUACAUCGUGAUCUAAAGGCUGGCAAUGUUCUACUCACCAUGGAUGGUGGGGUCAAAUUGGCGGAUUUUGGUGUUUCGGCCAAAAACAAGCACACAAUGCAAAAGCAUGACACUUUUAUUGGUACACCAUAUUGGAUGGCACCCGAAUUGGUGUUGUGCGAAACAUUUCGCGAUAAUCCAUAUGAUCAUAAAGUUGACAUUUGGUCACUGGGCAUAACUCUAAUUGAGUUGGCUCAAAUGGAACCGCCCAAUAGCGAAAUGUCACCCAUGCGUGUCCUACUUAAGAUCCAAAAGAGUGAACCACCCAAAUUGGAGCAACCGAGUCGUUGGAGCAAAGAGUUUAAUGAUUUCCUCAAGAUAUCUUUAGUCAAAGAUCCCCAACAGCGUCCUACCACAGACGUGUUGCUGCAGCAUGGUUUCAUUAGUCGAAAUCUAGAUGCCAAACCCAUUAAGGAUUUAUUAUUGGAAUACAAGGCUGAGGUUGUUGAAGAGGUUGUCGAUGAUGAGGCUGAGGAACCCCGCAACUCGGCGCUCCAGCUCGACCUGGACGAUGACUCUGCUUCGCUGCAGAGCCAAGAUAUUGACAAACUUCCAGGUACACCUACAUCCAUAUCGCGGGAUUCCAAAGAGCAAUCCCAACCAAGUAGCAGUCUGCCAGCGGCAGCAGCAGCAGCAACAACAACAACAACAACAAUUAAGGCCUCCUCAAUACCAGAUAAACCAAACACAAUUAAGGAUGAAAAUGCGGCGCCAGUGGUUAGUAGUGAGCCAGCACCGGUGGCUCAUACCAAAGUGCCAGCACCAGCGCCGCCGUCACCACCACAACAACAACAACAACAACCACUACAAAAGAUACCAGAAGAUGUAGCAACUGCACCGGAAUUGGCCGAUAAAUCCGAAGCGGAUAAAAAGCACUUUGUGAAAAAGGAAAAGGGCAAAGCCCCACCUCCUCCACCAUCGGCCAACGUUGCCGCAGCCGCCGCAAUUGCCAGACAGUCGCCGGAGAAGCUAACAGCUCCUUCAUCACCCUCACCUUCGCCCACAUCCGCCAUUGAAGUGGCCAUUGGCCAAGAUGGCAAUAUGUUGGAGCUAACGAAACAGCAACCACCAUCGCCCACAGCCUCCUCCAUAAUAUCGGUGCAAUCGGUGGUCUCUAGCUCUAGUUCGAGCGGAGGCAGUGUAUCGAAUCCAAUUCUGAGCUCGAGCACUUCAUUGAUUACCAUUAACAGUGAUGCGCCAGCUGCUCCACCGCCAGCUAGCGUACUACCACCACCACCACCACCAGCAGGCCCGGCUCAACAUUUGAUCUUACCGAAUAGCUUGGAAUCUGUGAGUCAAAUCACUGUUGUGACUAGCACCCAUCCACCUGUUAUUAUAGAUAAUUCUGUGCCACCUCAGCAGCAGCCGCAAAAUGAGGUCAUCAUUGUAUCGAAUGAUAUGAACAAGAGCACUCAUCUGAAUGAGUCAUCGACAGAUGAUGAUUUCCCCUCGCUGGAUGAUAGUCUAGGUGAGGCCACAACACCUCCACAUAAGCAAUCCUCCAUGAUACUGGCGGUCAAUGAGACAACAUCAGCUGGUGCAGCUGCUCCUGCUCCAACUGCUGGUGCAGCUGCUGCUGCUGCUGCCGCCGCCGCGGCCGUUCAUGCUCGCAAGCUAGACGAAAGUGAGGUCUUAAUAGUAAGUUCCUCGUACGCGGAUGAUGAUUCAGCCUAUAAUACUGCCUCGGGUAGCCAUGAUCACAGUGAUCAGCUAAUGGACACCAGUCAUGUGUCAGUGGUUACCGUUGGCGAUGAAGUGAUCAAGGUUAAGGAUAGCAGUAAUGAGUUAAUCAAACGACAGCCGAAUGGCGUCCUACCCGAAGAUGUUAAUAUUAUAGUGAAUCGCUUCAAGCCCGCGAUAGCCGAUCAAGAGGGCUCGUUGAGCGAGAAUGGACGACGUGGUGGCGGCAUCAUUGAGGUGCAAGUCAGUGGCUCCGAUGUGGAUAGCAUAGGCACGAACACUAGUCAGGAGAGUCGGCACGAGGUGGAUACAAAUAAUGCCAAAAUGCUACCUCCUCUGCCUGUCCAAUUGACCAAUCCAUCGGUAAUUGAUGAGGAAGAGGAGGUCGUUAUCAGACAUAAGCCACCGCGUCCAGUACCCAAGACCGGUUCACAGGGCCUGUCCAAAGAGGAAAUCGAACUGCGCAAUUUGCGUAAGAAGACACGCAAGCGAACGCGUAAAUUUGAGAUCGAUGGUGUUCAAAUGACCACCACAACCAGUCGGGUGAUCUAUGGCGAUGAGGAGAACGGACGUAUCUACGAUGAUCACGAUUUCCGCAAGCAGGAGCUGCGCGAACUCAAGUUACUGCAGAAGCAGGAGAAGAAGCAACAAACUGAAUUGCAUAUUAAAGAGCAAAUGGCCAAGGAGCAACAGGAUCGACGUUUUGAGCAGGAACGCAUAUCGCUUGAGAAGACCUACGAAGCGGAUAUGGAUACUUUGGCACGCCAGCACAAGCAGCUAGUGGAAAAGACCGAACAGACGCAAGAGAAUGAACUGAGAUCCUCAUCGAAACGCAUACGUUCCGAGCAGGAGCAAGAGCUUAAGAUUUUCCGUGAGAAUCUAAAACAAGAGAUACGCCUUCUCAAGCAAGAAGUGGAUCUCUUUCCCAAAGACAAGCGUAAGGAUGAGUUCAAACAGCGUCGCUCUGCCAUGGAACUGGAUCAUGAAGAGAAGGAGCGUGCCUUCCUCGAUUCGCUGAAGGAGCGUCAUGAAUUGCUACUGCGACGUCUCAGUGAGAAACAUCGCGAUCAUUUGGCCACAAUAAAUCGCAAUUUCCUGCAACAGAAACAGAAUGCCAUGCGCACCCGUGAGGCUCUACUCUGGGAGCUGGAGGAGAAGCAAUUGCAUGAACGGCAUCAACUCUCCAAGAGGCAUGUCAAGGAAUUGUGCUUCAUGCAACGACAUCAGAUGAUCAUUAGGCAUGAGAAGGAACUCGAUCAGGUUAAGCGUAUGCUGCAACGCAAAGAGGAGGAUAUGGUCAAGAAACAGACGCUAGAGAAACGCGCCUUGCCGAAGCGCAUACGAGCUGAACGCAAAGCACGCGAUCUCAUGUUCCGUGAAUCGUUGCGCAUAUCAACAAAUCUCGAUCCAGAGAUGGAAAGAGAUCGCUUGAAGAAGUUCCAAGAGCAGGAAAAGAAACGUUACAUGCAAGAAGAACGUCGAUUUGAGGUAAAACAUCAAAAGCAACUGGAAGAACUCCGCGCCACACGCGAAAGCGCCAUAAGAGAACUGGAACAGCUGCAGAAUGAGAAACGCAAAGCUUUGGUUGAGCAUGAGCAUGCCAAACUCUCGGAGAUCGAUGAACGUCUUAAGUCUGAGUUGCGUGAAUGGCGGGAGCAACUUGUGCCACGAAAACAGCAAUUAAACUCCAUGGUCAAAGCCUUGAUUACCCAGCAUGAGAAACGACAUGGAUUGGUGGAGAAUCGUUCCGAAUUCGAGGAUCUUGAGGUUGAAUUGCCUGUGCGUUUGCGGGGCAUAUUCAAUGACCGUUCCUCACGUUUCUUGCCACGCAACACAUUCAUUGAUGUCCAACAAAUGCCCAGAUCAAGAUCAUCCCUUCUCAUGAUGGGCGGUGGCAAUCGUUCAUCAUUGAAUUUCCGUGGCUCGGCUCCGGACUUGAGUCGCAGUGUGCCCAGUACUCCGAUAAUGCAUAAGCAGCAAAGGGCCAGAAUGAUUAAUGAACAGGUCCCAGAAGAGGACGCUGAUGAUGUUGAUGACAUGGCCGAGCGAAUGAAGCGAGCAAGUGUAGCCACUAUGCCCUCACAAAAUCAAUUACGUCUAAUCACCCAAAUGCCGGCGGAUGCCACCAAUCAAGCCGAAGUGGUCAAGGUGGUGACAAGCACUCCAGCUCUUAACAGCGCCGAGGACUUAACUGCCAAGCCUGCCAUGAGCACAUUCAGACAAAGUACAGUGACACCGCCAACACCAAAAACUCCUGAGGAGUUGGGUUUGGUAACCAAUCGCUUUGGUCGCAUGGAUGUCGCUGGCGGCGAUGCACCUGUUGAGUUGCGCAUACACGAGGGCCCUGUGCUGACGGCUCAGACCCAACGAUUGCUGCACUCCACUUCGUUUGCCAUCAAGCGACCCUCGCUGGCAAGUCGCAGCAGUGGCAGAUCCUCACUGAGCAGCGCCCAAUCCAUGUUCAAUAUUAAUGAUCUGAUUGCUGCCAACAACAGACACACCAUGAGCGAUGCCGAAUUGAUAUUCGAUUCGGGACGCAAAGCGGCUGCCCUUCUAGAUGAAGUUCAGCCGCAGUUGAGAUCAUCGGUUAAACCUUCGAAUGGUGGCAGUGGACACAAUCGGAAUAAUGGCAGUUCUGUUUCAGCUGAUUCGGCUGCCUCAACGGAUGAUUUCUAUCAAGAUUUAUAUGCCCAGAAGUAUAAAUUGCCACGUGUGAAUCAUCGUCAGCUUAGCCUAGAUGAGGACUCGUCGGCUGUAUGAAAUUGGAAUGAAAUCUGCACCACGUCGCCAAGUCACGUCAACGUCAGCUACUCUACGUCUCUGCUUACAUCAUCUAAAUACUAAUUAAACUAUUUUUACUAAUUGCUUGGAACUUGGAACUGCUUUAUCCAUAUCCAUAUCCAUGGCUUGGUGCUGGCUUACUACUAAACACUUUACACUAAUCCUCCUCAAGCAUAUCCCAACAUUAUAACCAACUGCUCCUUGAAUAUCAUCCAUUAUUCCAUUGUCAUCAUCUUCAUGAGAACCGAAAAUGAGAAACUUGCCAUAUAUAUAGAAUAUUUAUGUGUUGCCAAAGUUCUAAAAAUGAAUUCAUUGUUUUUUUUUUGUUUUAAUUUUUUUUAAUAAUAAUAAUUAUUAUAUUUUUUAUCAUGUGAAAAAAUAUCAUUCCAUUUUCAAAACAGUUUUAUAAGCAGUAUUAUUGAAUAAAUAAAAAGAAAAAGAAGUACUUAGUUCAAAGAAA